AUGCGUAGAGAACAUGUUGCCAACGAGGGAAGAGGCGAAAUCACCGCAACCACGGCGACGGCGUGUGUGCGAGUAGUCCACAUGGAGCACCCGCCAAGCCGCCUGCAUCUCUCAGAGGCCGAGCGGCAGGGAGCCGUGAGUGUGCCUCUCCCUUUGACGGGCGGGGGUGGGGAUGAAACUCGGGGUGUUCUGACGGUCAUGUGCGUGGUGGAGGCGGCACGGCGGCAGCUGCGGCUGGACGACACGGCGCUGCAGCUCAGCCUCCACGGUGUGGUGUUGUCCCCGCAACAAGACUUGGCGGAGGUUCUGGAAACCCUCCCAUGCGAAACCCGCAAACGUCUGGUGUUCCUCCUAAGCCCAACGCCCGCCAACGCGCUCGACAGGCAGGAAGGGGAAAGGAGCAAAAAGUCAAAGCAGGUCAUGUUUGCUGAAUCGUCAUCGCCAGCAUCCACACGGGCGGAGCUUGCUGCUAUGACUGAUGGAGAAGUGGCACAGUCGUUACCGAUGCAUGUUUCACCCAAUUUGGAGAGGGGGACGCAGUCAACAACGUCUCAGUGUGUGUUUCUUGAAUCGUGGCUCAAACCAAACCGCUGUGCCCGUUGCCAAUGUGUGCGGGCACAACAUAGCGUAUUUACUCCAACCCGUCAAGAGCGUCUUCAAAGUGCCAUGGUGUUGGCGAGGAAAAAGAUUAGCCGUACUCCUCGUUGCCAAAGCACUGAGCGGGAAAUGGGGUUGCGGGAGUCAGGGCUGCCGUAUUAUUACGCCGACCCUCAUCAGUGGGAGCCGCAGCGGGGGGAACGGUAUCACGGACGCGGUGAAUCAUGCCACGAAUUCUGCGCAUUGUGGGGAAGUCCCAUGUUGUGUCGCAACUGCCAAAGAGUCAAGGAGGCGCAUGAAAUAGAGGUCAAACAUGCGGUGACGCAGGUCUCAACGACAACCGCGAGGCAGCCGCGCAGUCUGGAAUCCUUCUUGGUGCAUAAUGGAGGCAACUCCCCACCAGCGUAUGCUCGCAAGACGUGUCAGCACCUUACCCCGUCCUCGAGUAGUGAGUACUGCACAGUUUGUUACACGCAACGGGUGAAGCAGAUAUCUCGAGUAGGGCCGCGCUCUCCGCUGGUUGAUUUGACUCCACGGCGGCAACGUGUCUCACCUGCACGCCCAAAGGCAAACAACGUGGCCGAUUGGCUUGCCGUGCCUGCAGCUGGAAAAGAGGUAUCAGCUAUUCAAAAGAAAGACGUUUGUAGCUCUGAUGACAAAAUAAGAAGGAGAGCGAAGCAGAGAAAUGGAGCAGAGAGUACGAAGGAGAUGGCUCUUAUGCAUGCUAACAAUGCUCAUUCCUUCCCUUCUUCCUUUUUAUCCACCGCCGUCGCCAAGAAGAAGAAAUCGAUAUUGACGGUACCCCCAAAAAGAAUAAAUUGUGGUGCCUUGCGAAAAGGCAUCCCGUGGGAUCUCGUACUGCCGUACAUGACAUUUGAUGAUCUACUGGUGUGUAGAACCGUUAGUUCGGCCAUGUGCAGCGUCGCUAUUUCAAUCAUUUAUGAAAACUGUCAUUACAUUAUGGAUAUCCUUGAUAUUCCAAUUCGGAAACGUGAAUUACUUGUAAAACAUGCCAAUCGCUACGCCUCCGUUAUUCUGGACGCUUUGCAGGAAAAAAGACCGUGUUCUGAGCCAACGGAUGCCGCCACGCAUCCUCGUCGUCUCUUCCAUUUCUGCAUCCUGCGGUUCCUCGGGGCCUUGCAGGCAUUGAGCCCCGAGAGAGAAAACGGCCUUACCGAAAGAGGCACCCAAGAGGGGAGAAACUGGGCG